UGGAGUACAUUUCAGUUUCCCCAACAUAUACUGUGCUACAUUGUUCUCAUAAGCUGCAAUGUGAGAAGAAAAGACCGCGAGGACAAAGCUUCACUCCCAGCUCCAUUUUAUUUCUAUUGUUCUCCCAGUGUUGUUCGUACCGUUAGUGGACAAUAAAGUUGGGUGAGGGGAAGAUCAAGUGGGCGGGGCGUGUGUUCUCGCGAGAACUCGCUUUGGUUGCGCACUUGGUGAAGAAGAGGCGUUGCGGCCUUUUGAAUCUUUCUUCGCCGACGGUCGCAGUGUGUGGAAGGCCUCCGGACAGGAAGACAUGGCAGAGCUCGACCAGAACGAAUCCCAGGACGCCCUGAACAACGGCAGCGACAACAACAGCCUGUCUGACGACCAGUGUGACGCAAGCAUGGCGGAGGAGAGCCACUCCAACGGGAUGAAGAAGGAUAGCGAAGAGUCCAAUAAAGAAGAUAAGCCACUAAAGGACAAAUCUGGGGGUAACAGAAAGGGAAACAGGUUCCAUCCUUAUGGAAAAGAUAAAUCAGGCUCUGUCGAUAAGAAGGGUCAGAGUCGAAAUAGGGUGUUUAUCAGCAAUAUUCCAUAUGACAUGAAGUGGCAAGCUAUCAAGGACCUCAUGAGGGAGAAAGUUGGUGAGGUUACAUACGUGGAGCUCUUUAAGGAUGCUGAAGGAAAAUCAAGGGGUUGUGGUGUGGUGGAGUUUAAAGAUAUGGAAUUUGUAACAAAGGCCAUUGAUGUCAUGAAUAAACAUGAUCUAAAUGGAAGACCCCUUAACAUCAAAGCAGAUCCUGAUGGAGAGCAUGCACGCAGAGUUCUGCAGCGUGGUGGUCCGUUUCCUGGAGGUCAUAACACAGACAUGGGUCCUGGUUUAAUGAACCUUCCUCCUUCAAUUGUUAACAAUCCCAACAUCCCACCUGAAAUAAUCAGUGCAUUGAGAGCUGGAAGACUUGGAACAACAGUUUUUGUUGCAAAUCUUGAUUUUAAAGUUGGUUGGAAGAAAUUGAAAGAAGUGUUCAGCAUUGCCGGAAAUGUGAAAAGGGCCGAUAUAAAGGAGGACAAAGAUGGCAAAAGCCGAGGAAUGGGAACAGUCACCUUUGAACAAGCAAUAGAAGCAGUGCAAGCGAUCUCUAUGUUCAAUGGACAGUUUUUGUUUGAUCGUCCUAUGCAUGUAAAAAUGGACGACAAGUCUCUCCCUCCAGAUGACUUCCAUGCCAUGGAAAAGGCACCUCAGUUACCACGUGGACUAGGAGGUAUAGGUAUGGGACUUGGACCUGGUGGACAGCCAAUUAGUGCAACACAGAUCGGAAUGGGUGGUGGAAUGGGUAGCAUGGGUCCAUCAGGCAUGGACGGUCCUGGCUUUGGUGGAAUGAGUAGAAUGGGAGCUGCUGGUGGGUUUGGUGGCAUGGAUGGAAUAAGUAACAUGUCUGGAUUUAGCGGAGUGAGCAGGAUGACAGGUAUGGGUGGUGUUGAUGACUUCAGGGGCAGUAUAGGAUCUGGCAUGAGUGGAAGCAUGUCAAGUAGCAUGGCAGGCAUGGGAAGCAUGGCAAGCAGCAUGGGAGACAUGUACAGAGGAGGCAUGGGAAGCACCAUGGACAGAGAUUUCAGUCGAAGUGACAUUGGCUUAAGUCGUGGCUUUGGAGAUUCAUUUGGUGGAAUGAGUAGUGCCAUGGUGCCAAGCUUUGGUGGGAUGGGCUCUUCUUCACUGGGCCCUCUAGGAUCUGGCAUGAGCUCUGGAAUGAGUGCUGUAAAUAGCAUGAGUAUGGGACUUGGCAUGGAUAGAAUGAGCUCCAGUUUUGACCGUAUUGGAGGUGGCUUGGACAGAACCAUGGAUAUGGAACGAGGAUUUGGAGGGUUUGGCUCCACUCCUAUAGGAAGUGGCUUAAGAGACCGAGGAAACAAAGGAUGUCAAAUAUUUGUUAGAAAUCUCCCCUUUGACUUGACCUGGCAAAAACUGAAAGAGAAGUUCAGUCAGUGUGGUCGAGUUAUGUUUGCAGAGAUAAAAAUGGAGAAUGGCAAAUCUAAAGGCUGCGGAACUGUAAGAUAUGACGUCCCAGAAACUGCAGAGAAGGCGUGCAGACUAAUGAAUGGAAUAAAAAUCAAUGGUAGAGAAAUUGAUGUCCGCAUAGAUCGAAAUGCAUAAUUCCAUAUUUUGUUCAUUGGCAUUCCCACAUUUGUUCCAGUCCUUUUUGGUAAAUACAUUUUAGUAAAUGUUAGAGCAGAGAAGGCUUGUUUUAGGUGCAAGCCUGUGCUUGUUUGGUGUUUAAUGUUUUUUGUUAUAUAUUUUGAUUUUUAAACACCAUGUCUCUAGUAAUUCAGUUUAUAUGAAUUGACUUACUGUUUUUAAUAAAGCCAAUUUCUCACAGCUAGUUGAAAAGUCUACAUUGUGGGGUUCUAUUGCUGUAUUUUGUUUCUGACAUCUCCAGCACAGCCCAAAUCCCUCAUAUUGACUAAAUAAAAUUAAGUGGUUGAGUGAAACUGGUAAA